AUGUUGUACAGCGACGACAACAAACUUGUCUUUCGCUUCGACGACCACAUCCUCUGGAUUGAGCCCUGGGGUGAUAAUGCAUUCCGUGUGCGAGCGACAAAGCUCGCUGCCAUGCCAAUGGAAGACUGGGCAUUGACUUCAAAGCCAAGUCCCUCCACUGUGGCGAUAGAGAUCCCCGAUGAGAAAGAUGCAAGCAUUACCAACGGGAAAAUCCGGGCGACAGUUUCACAGCGCGGGAAGGUCAUCAUCUACGAUCAUACAGGCAAGAAACUCCUCGAAGAAUAUGCUCGACACCGACAAGAUCCAAAGGAUCCCAAGUGCAGUGCCCUUCUAGUGGAAGCUCGCGAGCUGCGUCCCAUCCUUGGUGGCGAUUAUCAUCUCAAGCUCAGGUUUGAGUCGUUGGACCCCAAGGAGAGAAUAUUUGGCAUGGGGCAAUACCAGCAGCCAUACCUGAAUCUGAAAGGCGCAGAUUUGGAGCUCGCCCAUCGGAACUCGCAGGCUAGUGUCCCAUUUGCAAUCUCAUCGAGAGGGUAUGGAUUUCUGUGGAACAACCCGGGCAUCGGCCGAGCAACGUUUGGCACCAAUGUCAUGAGCUUUGAAGCUUACUCCACUCGCAAUCUGGACUAUUGGGUCGUGGCAGGAGACACACCUGCGGAGAUGGAAGAGGCAUACGCCAAAGCCACAGGAUAUGUUCCCAUGAUGCCUGAGUACGGACUUGGAUUCUGGCAGUGCAAGCUCCGAUAUUGGAAUCAAGAGCAAUUACUGGAAGUCGCCAGAGAGUAUCGCCGACGGGAGAUUCCACUCGAUCUCAUCGUCAUUGACUUCUUCCACUGGAAACACCAAGGCGAAUGGAGCUUUGAUCCGAAAUUCUGGCCUGACCCUGGUAAGCUAUUAGGCGAUGUUUACAUGUGGACUGGGUCUUUCCUACAUCUCUCAUCACUGACACUCAUCGCAGAUGCUAUGAUCAAGGAGCUUCAGGAACUCAAGGUUGAGCUCAUGGUCUCGAUCUGGCCAACUGUGGAGACUGCCUCUGAGAACUUUCCGGAGAUGCUCGAGCGUGGACUCCUCAUUCGACACGACCGUGGGUUGCGAGUAGCCAUGCAAUGUGAUGGCGAUAUCACCCACUUCGAUGCUACCAAUCCGGAAGCUAGAAAAUACGUCUGGAGCAAAGCAAAGAAAAACUACUAUGAUCGGGGCAUCAGAGUAUUUUGGCUGGACGAAGCGGAGCCCGAAUACUCCAUCUACGACUUUGACAUCUUCCGCUAUCACGCUGGCAGCAACCUACAGAUCGGUAACAUCUUCCCAAAGGAAUACGCCCGCAGUUUCUACGAAGGCAUGCAAGCCGAAGGUCAAUCUAAUAUCGUGAAUCUGCUUCGAUGUGCGUGGGCAGGUAGUCAGAAGUACGGCGCUCUUGUCUGGAGCGGAGAUAUCGCGUCGUCAUGGGAUUCAUUCCGGAACCAGCUUGCCGCCGGCUUAAACAUGGGAAUCGCUGGUAUUCCGUGGUGGACCACCGAUAUUGGUGGUUUUCACGGUGGAGAUCCUGAUGACCCUGCAUUCCGUGAGCUUUUCACCCGUUGGUUCCAAUGGGGUACAUUCUGCCCGGUGAUGCGUCUACAUGGCGACCGAGAGCCAAAACCCGAGGGUCAGCCAACUGCCAGCGGCUCCAACAAUGAAGUCUGGUCAUAUGGCGAGCAAGUAUAUGGGAUUUGUAAGAAUUUCAUCGCAGUCCGAGAGGAUCUGCGCGAAUAUACGCGAGGCUUGAUGCGAGAAGCACACGAAAAGGGUACGCCCAUCAUGCGGACCUUGUUCUACGAGUUCCCUCAAGAUGCAAAGGCAUGGGAGGUUGAGACCGAGUACAUGUUUGGCUCCCGCUACUUGGUUGCACCUGUCUUGGAGGCAGGAAAGCGUACGAUUAAGGUGUAUCUGCCAGCUGGAGCAAAGUGGACGCUCUGGGAGAGGCUUGCAAGCUCCAGCAACGACCCGCGGAAGACUUGGGAUGGUGGAGUGGAUGUCGAAGUAGAUUGCCCGAUAGAGACCAUGCCCGUCUUCUGUCGCAUGGAUCCCGAUAUCCAGACUUCGUAG